UUUUUUUUUUUUUUGCGAUCUGUGUUCUUAGACCUUUUCAGUUUGAAGAGAUCGGUUCUUGGUUUAUUUUCUUGCAUAUAUUUAGAGAUCUGAACAGUUCUGAAGAUAUCUGUUUGUUCUUUCGUCUCUUCGUGUAUAUUCGAUUAACGUUUUCUUUUUCCUUGCGUUUCAGAUCUGUGGAAUACAUUUUUUUUUUUUGCGAUGUCUUGCUAGGGUUUUUCAGUUUUCGCUCCAAGUUUUUUUUUUUUUUUGAUGCGUUUGAUUUCUUCCAAUUUUUUUUCUUGUUUAUCGUCGUUUGAUGUAUAUUACCUUUGUAUUUUUCAAAUCUACAAAACAAAAAUUGUUUUUCUUUCCAUUUUUGCUAUCUGUGUUCAUAUGUUUUUUUUUUUUUUUGGCUUUCCAUUCAAGUUUAUUUAUUUUUUGUUGGGUUUGAUUUGUUCUACUUUUUUGUUUCUUGUUCUUCAAAUUUUGAUUUAUAUGACUUAUGUGUUUUUUUGAUUUCUCCCCCACCAACGUAUCUUUACUAACUGUGUUUUAUUUUUAUUUCUUAGUGUUCUGAGUACAUACGAGCAAAUCAAAAGAUGCAAUUUUUUGAUGUGUUUCAUUUUAGUUGCUGAUAUGCAUAACAAAAAUAUUCCUGAGCUUGACAAGUUCCGAGCGCUUCAAUCUCGAUCUCAGAUUACAUUUUCGGCCGAUGGAGCUCCUGAGGUGCAAGAUGAAUAUGUGGAGACCCAGUACUACAGGGAGUUGCACUCCAUCGACAAACAGCAUCACACGACAGGAAGCGGGUUUAUAAGGGGGGUGGGAGCAAAAGGUGAAGGUGGACACGAGGUACUUAAGUUGCAGAACGGCCAAGAUGGCGCAGGUGGGGUGUCGUGCAUUGAAUCCAGAAGCAAUCCUGCAACAAACGAUUGGGUUCCAAAGAUCAACGAAGAUCAGGUCUUUGUCUCCUCAAAACCAAAUCGGAGCGAGAGCUCUUAGAUGUGUCAGUAGGAGGGAGCUUUCAAGAAAGGGACUUAGCACCAACUUUCCCUGUAAAUUUUUUUAAUCGAUAGAGAUUAGAUGAGCAUCAUGAAAGUUUUAAAAAAUUCACGUAAUGGGUUUUCAACUAUUCAAGCGAUGACUUCUCCAUUGUUCUUA